AUGGAUUUAUUCGAUCAUAUUAAUAGUACAACACAAUAUUUAAAUGAGUCAGAAGAGGAGGAGGAUUAUGAUAGAGUGUAUGAUGAAUUAAUAUCUACAACAACUAAAGCGCUUAAUAUUCUUAAAGAACAGAAAACAUUCAAUAAUAUUCAAUGGAUUAAGAGCAUUAAAAAAAACUUUAAUUCAGUUAACAAAAUGGUGGAUGAAAUAGAGCAAUACCAACAAAAAAGAAUGAUGCCUCUAACAUGGAAAGAACAUACACACAAUACUCGAUACCUAAAUAUGCA